AUGGCCCAAGUCAAGGAUUGCAUGGAAAACAUGUUCAAAUGCGCCGGAGCAAGAGAUGGAAUACCAAAAUCAUGUGUACGCAAGACAGCCAAUUACAAGAGCUGUAAAUGUAAAAGUACAAUCUGUCCGACUUUAAAGAACUAUAAAUAUGUCCAGCCGAAAAGAUCAGAUUCCUGUAAACCUGUGGAGGUGCUAAAUGUCUGCGACCAUCCGUUCGACGAAAACUCCAUAUACAGCAAAUCCUAUCAGUUUCACGACUCAAACGCUAUUUCUAAUUCAAGGCAAAAACCUGUCAUCAAACAAGAUAAUUUGAAAAUGGCCGGCGAGUUUAACGGCGUCUCUGUGCAAAUGCUAAGCUACCAGAGGCCGUGCGGGUCUUUGGUACAGAAAAUCAAACCGAGAGAUCACAGAAUGAUGGGCGAAGGCUGCAUGCGGUUGUUGACUACUCAAAAACACGACUACUACGAUGUGCAAAAGGACUGCAAACGGGAAGACAGCAUCAAGCGUCACGAUAACUUGUACGUGCCCAAUUGCCCGAUGGACUCGCAAACCACCAACGCAUUCUCUUACAGGCCCGUUGAAAUUUCUCCGGUCAAAAAUUGCAAACCACUUCUCAGUUAUACCCAACCAGCUGGCGAUAUGAAUCUCGAGACGGUUACCAAAAACAGCUAUAGACCACAUGAAAUACCAGAAAAGCCGGAACUCCCGUGGGCCGUUAGAUUGGAAUACUGCAAGCCAAACGCUGCCGUUGAAUGCUGUACGGUUUAUAACGAAAGUUACGCAGAACCUGGCAAGUAUGUCCUGGAGGACGGUUGCGAAAAUGUCGUCGAUGAAAUAACCGGAGCAAAAAUAGACGAAGACUGUUGUCCAUUCCAUUGCCUAGCCGAAAACUUUGAAGACCUAAUAAGAUCGCCGCACGUCAAAGCUCACGAAUUUGAAGAUUAA